AUGCCCCAAACCAUAACAACCCCAGAUCCAAGAGUAGGCAUCGGUGCCUUCAUUCUCAACAAGAAGGGCGAAGUCCUCCUAGGCAAGAGAAAGGGCAGCCAUGGUGCAGGUACCUGGGCUCUAGCAGGAGGUCAUCUUGAAUUCGGCGAGACUUUUGAGAACUGUGCCGAACGGGAGGUCUUGGAAGAGACGGGGCUCACUAUCCGCAACGUUCAAUUUCUCACGGCUACCAAUAAUGUCAUGCUAGAUGAGAAUAAGCAUUACGUGACUGUCUUUGUGAGUGGGGAUAUUUGUGGUGAUGCUGUGGAGCCGAAGCUGAUGGAGCCGGAGAAAUGCGAGGCGUGGGAGUGGGUGGCUUGGGAGGAAAUUGUCGCGUUGGCUAAAGACGCCAUGGCUGGGAAGGAGAGCGGCGAGAGGAAAAAGCUGUUUUCGCCGUUGGUAAAUUUGGUAGAACAGCGGCCUGGAUUUCGUCCAGUUGUGAACUAA